AUGCUAGGUUCUAAUGAAUUUAAAAACCCAAUUAAAAAAUUAUCAUUUCAUGAAAACAUGAGAGACAGCUUACAAGAAUCCACUUCCAUACAACAUCAUAAUAUAACCAAUAUAGAAUCAUUGCAACGUUUAGAAUCAGAUAAUAUUAUCCAUGAAAUGUCAACCUUGAGAAAUGAUUUAUCUAAAAAUUUCACUACUAUAAGUCCUCAACAGACAAAUAUUAUACUGUCUUUGCCUACUAGAGAAAAUACAUUCUAUAAUGCAACUAAGGAAAUACCCGAAAACACAACGGUGGGUUACAAUAAUGAUGCAGAAGAUAUAAAUACUGAUAAAACCAAUAACCUUCUUAAUAAUGACACUACCGAGUGUCCAAUAUAUAUUCAACAUAUAGAUUUACCAUCAAUUCAUUCAUUUGAUUCACAAAGUUAUAAAUUUUGGGAGAUUUAUUCAAUUCAACGUAUGAUAUCGUUACUUAUUGUUUGCUUUAUUUUUCCACCCUUGUUCUUCAUGAUAUAUAUGGGAUCUACCUGUGGUAUAGAUGACUAUAGAUUGAUGAAAUUAAUAUUAAAUAAAGAACAUCGUAUUGGCUUGUUUCGUGGAUUCCUUUGGGACAUCGAUUUGAAUUGGGUACGUACUUUAUCAUUGUUAUUAGGAUGUGUUGAGUUAAUAAUUAUACUUGCAUCUGUUGGAAUUGGGUUUGGUGUGGGACUUACAAGAUAA